UGCAGCGCCGACGUUGUUUCGCUUUGCAGGCAGGGGCACCGAAGUGUCAAAAUGAAUUCCUUUUAUUACAGCUAGACGAUUACCAGAGCCACGACAGUCCAGUCGCCGAAUCGACCAAUGCGGAUGGGUUUGUUCGUCAACCAUUUUAUCUACAAAUGUGACUCGGGUUAACUAUAUAGUGAUAAACGACAACUCGCAGGCCUCUGUAGUUCCAGCCGACAGGAGCAACAGUGGGCCACGGACCGAGGUUGUGUUGAUGGGAAGAAGGGAGGGCUGCAUCAUGGAAGUUGUGCUCUGCCACCCAGGGUUCGGUUCGUACAGAAUGUGAUGAAUCGCAAUAGAAUUCUGGAUAUCCACCAAGUCGAACCAUGAACUAGUUUACAUGUGGUGUGUCAUCAACAACUAACGUACUCGGACUGACAGAAUGAACGGCCCUCAGCAGAAUGACGCAAAGAGACAACACCUGCUGGAGCGGCUGCUUGACUCUGUCAAACAGUGCCAAAUCCGCUUUGGAGGAAGAAAGGAGAUCGCCUCAGAUUCCGACAGCAGGGUGAUCUGUUUGUGUGCCCAGUUUGAGGCUGUCCUCCAGCAUGGCCUGAGGAAGACCAGAGGCCUGGCUCUCACUGCUGCUGCCAUAAAGCAAGCCGCAGGCUUCACCAGCAAGACUGAAGCAGAGCUGACGUUCUGGAUCUAUGUGAAGGAGUAUCUGAACCGCCAUGAGCUGCAGCGGUUCUACUCCCUGAGACACAUCUCCUCUGAGUUGGGCCGCGGCCGAGCCUGGCUCCGCUGUGCCCUCAAUGAACACUCACUAGAGCGCUACCUACACACUCUGCUUGCAGACCGCAUGCGCCCUGGCACCUUCUAUGAAGACUGGGCGUUUAUUCUGGAUGAGGAGCGAGCCAGCAUGCUGCCCACCAUGGCUGCAGGACUGAAGUCCAUCCUGUUUGCCAUCAACAUCGACAAUAAGGACCUAAAUGGUGUGAUCCGAGCAGGCUCCUCCUCUUCCGUGAGCCACCUCCUGAAGGAGUCCACCCAGGGCAUAGGGAGCUUAUGGAAGGAGUCGACCCAGGGGGUGAGCACUCUGCUCAGGGAGAUCAGCACCACCACCACUGUGGUGCCAGGCUUCAUCCCCACCCACUGCCCUGACGGCUCCACAGACCCACUGCCUGUCCUGCCCCGCAGCGCCUCCGCAGACUCUGGCCUGAGGAAGGAGCGACGGAGGAAAAAGAAAAUCACCAACAUCAUCUCAUUCGAUGACGACCUGGAUGGGGGAGCAGAGGAUGAGGAUGAGGAGGUGGGGGGGAGUACUGCCACUCUCAGGAAGAGCACCACUGCUCCUCAGGUCAGUCUGGAGGAGGGCACUGACCCACUGGAGCCCUCCUCCUCCCUCUCGCCUCCCCAGAACGGGAUGCCCGAGCCUGGGAUAGUCAGCUGGACCAGGUCUCCUCCUUUCUCCAGGGCUCUGCCAGACUCCAGGAUUAUUGAUAAUGAUGAGGAAGAGGAGGUGUACAAGAGCAGACCACAGCUACAGAGCCCCCUCCAUGACAGGGCCAGCACUAACCAAGUGGUGGUGGGGAGCCUAUCCAGUGUGUCCACGUGUAGCCCUCUGCAGGCCAUGACUGAUCAUGACAGUUCAAACAUCCUCAUUCCUGUGGCCUCCAGCCACUCCUACUCUCAGCCAGUCGGUUCAGUGGAGGAUACGGUUGCAUUUCCUGUACAGACAGAUUCCACAGGCAACCACGAGACAACCAGAACCCAGCUGCAGUUCAACUUGGAGGCCAGCCCGCCUGGCCAGAAUGCACCUCUCUCCAGUGUCCUUCCCAGUGCCACCCCCGGUUUACCAGAGUCCAUGACAGUGGUGGAGCUCCACCAGGUCAUAGUAGCCAUGAUGAACAGGAAGGAUGAGCUGGAUGAACACAACAUGUCCCUGCGUAGCCUGCUGGAUGGGGAGAUGGAGCACUCUGCUGGGCUGAGGCAGGAGACAGACGCCCUGAGGAGACGCCUGGAUGAGCUGGAGGAGAGACACACAGCCAAGGUGCAGGCUCUGGGCAGAGAGAACGAGGUCCUCAAAGUCCAGCUGAAGAAAUACGUGGGGGCUGUUCAGAUGCUGAAGAGAGAGGGGAGUCAGGGCAAUGACACUGUUCUCCCCAUGGUGAGGAACUGUGAUGGUUCUACUCUGGCCCCUCAGAGCAGGACUAUGGGGGAUGUGGAGGAGCUGGCUGCCAGCUACGAACGCAAACUCAUAGAGGUGGCUGAGAUGCAUGGCGAGUUGAUAGAGUUCAAUGAGCGUCUGUACCGUUCUAUGAUGGCCAAGGACCACCUCAUCAUCCAGAUGAAACAGGAACUCAUCGACCUCAGAGGACCAGUUCCUGGUGACCUGAGCCAGACUUCUGACGACCCCAGCCUAUCAGAUUUUGAGACGGCUCACCGUGCUCUAAUCAAUGUCUGGAUUCCCUCUGUGUUUCUGCAAGGCCGCGCUGCCAACGCUUACCAUGUAUACCAGGUCUACAUCCGUAUCCUGGACAAUGAGUGGAAUGUCUACAGACGCUACACAGAAUUCCGGGCACUCCACAACUACUUACGCUCACAAUUCCCACAGGUCGACAACUUCAGCUUCCCACCCAAGAAAGCCAUAGGGAACAAGGAUGCCAGGUUUGUAGAAGAGCGUAGGAAACAGCUGCAGUCGUAUCUGAGGAUGGUGUUGAACAAGCUGAUCCAGACCCUGCCAGAGUUCUCUGCUAAACCCACCAAGGAGACCCUCUUGCAGCUGCUGCCCUUCUGCCUGGACAUUCCAGUGGCCAGCGAGGGGAGCAGUAAGACGGCCCGGUCCAAAUCCUCAUCAAGCUUCCCCAUACUUGGGCGCAGCCACAACCAGGAGGGCCGCAACCUAGAGCCCCAGAGCGGCGACCUCUAACCUUUAGCCUCUGACAUGUGACUUCCUCUUUGAUUGGAUUAAACAGAAGAGUUUGUUGGUGCUCCUCCUGGAUGGAUUAUGAGCCAUAGAGAGGGACAGAACGGCUAAUGGCUAUGCAGGCGAGAGGCAUGACACUGCUCCUCCUUUAGGCUUUCUACAGGUUUCCAACAGCAGGACAUUAUAUCCUCCCUCUCUGGGAUCUACAGAGGCAGACUCUUCCUUCUCUCUGACCCUGCCUAAAGAUUUUACUCAAAAGACCACACGUGGGGUCAACAACAGACAUUGAACCAAGAUGGGGGGGGGACUGUUUCCUAAUUUUACUCAGUUUUGUAGUGAAACUGUAUCAUGGUCAGUGUUUUCUAGCUUCUUUGCAGUGAGGGGACAUAUAGAAAUGUGUUCUCUAUCAAUGUUUUUUUCUUGGCGAAUGUCAGCAUUUUGGUGCCAUUUUUGAUUUUGACAU